AUGACCGACGUCGCACCAGCACACCCAGAACCGACGGCGCAGGAGCAGAUGCAGGACAACGAGGAGGAAGACUCGGAGAUUGCGCUCAUGAAACAACGGGUUGCCGAGAUGGAAGCCGAAGCCGCAAAGUUACGCGAGAUGCAGGCAGAGGCGGAGGCGAAGGAGGCCGAGCCGGCUAGCCCUGGUACGCCUAUGGACGCGGAGGAUGACAAGACGCUCUCGGACUCACGGAGUGUAUAUGUUGGAAAUGUCGAGUAUGCUGCGACGCCGGAGGAUAUCCAAGCACAUUUCCAGGCAUGCGGAACUAUCAACCGAGUAACCAUUCUCUGCGACAAGUUCACCGGCCAUCCGAAGGGCUUCGCAUACGUCGAAUUUGCUGAGCCCGAACACGUCGAAGCCGCUCUGGCACUCGACAACUCGAUGUUCCACGACCGGUUGAUCAAGGUCACGCGGAAGAGGACGAAUGUCCCUGGCUUCAACCGUGGACGUGGAAGGGGAGGCUACAGGGGAGGUUACCGCGGUGGAUACCGUGGCGGAGGUGGUUACAACCCGUACGGCGGACGCGGUCGCGGCAGGGGGCGUGGCCGUGGCUACUGA